GUCAACCAGCUGUGCUGUAUUCACACUCCCUGGCUCAUGUAUGGCGGGAGAUCCGCCGACUCUUGAUUUAUACUUUCGGAGAUACAGAUGGAUAUCGCACGAGGCUUAUUAUCGCCGAUCGACCGUCGGUAUGGCCAUCUGCAUGCACAGACUUUGAGCGUACCAAACUUUGCCCUCGGUUUGAACGAGCCGACCACGGAAUCUCGCUCAUUAUACGGUGCAUUGGAGUCUAUUCUAGAUCUUAUUGCUUUGCGUACGAGGGGAAACUCGGGGUCUUCAGCACAUCGAGUAACCACCACGAGGCUUACACUGCAUGCGAUGCCAGAGCCUAGUUAUUCAGUCGAAUCCACAUGCUGGCUAACAAGGUCCCUCCGGCUGCAUCUCUGGUCCUGUAUGUUGUGGGCUGGUCUGCCGUUGGGCUUCAGCAUGAACCAUGAACCAUUGAUAGCCACGCGGUUAGACAUUUCUUCAUCCUGUAGUGUUUCUAGUGCGCCCCUAUGAGAGCGCUUGCCGACGGUCACGCAACUCCCCGCCACAUACGAGCAGGAUUUCACCGAAGUAGAUCCUUCAAAAGGCUAAGGCAGGCUCUUCUGAGCAUGCAGAGAUUACGGGAUAGCUUUCUUGGAUCCUCGGCUCAACAACACCGUAAAUGUCAUCCUCCGUGUCUAGGAAUAAUCUUGGGCCAUCUGGAAAGUAGCACUAGCGACGCCGGCGCUGCACGAGUUGAUAGACCGCAGAGUUAGGGGGACUUCGUUAUCGAUGCCGAUUGUAAGUUGGCUUUUCAAUCAAAUUAGUGUUCGGUU